GGGACAUGGGCAGGUCUCUGUGUGUGCAUGUCUCUCUCUCUCUCUGUCUCGCUCUCAGGCACUCAAUACUCGCCCGGACUCGCUUUCAAACACACAUACUCUCCCAGGGACGCUGCGCAGCUCACACACACACACACACACACACACACACACACACACACACACCACAAAGCACACGUGCCCUCUCACACACACGCUACAACACACACGCACACUCCCACACCCAGGCAGUGUUAGAAACCUCUCUCUCUCUCUCUCUCUCGCUGGUUUCUCUCCGUCACUGAAGAUGCUCUGGCGGGAGUUGAGUUUGGCUCUGGUCCUCUGGGCUCUCACGGCGACGAGCAUCCCGUCCACCAACAUCAAGAUCACACGCGCCCUGCCUCUGCAGCUUCCAGACUCAGCCCCCCCUGCCUCCUGCCCUCUGUUCUGGACAGAGUUUGACGGGAGCUGCUACCGGUUCUUUCCCCUCAACAGGACCUGGGCGGAGGCUGACCUGUACUGUGCGGAGUUCUCCAACGGCCUGAAGUCAGCCAAACUCACCUCUAUUCACAGCUGGGGGGAGAACGUGUUUGUGUACGAUCUGGUCAACAGUCGCAUUCCAGGGAUCCCAACUGACAUCUGGAUAGGCCUUCACGACAGGAGACAGGAGGGCACUCUGGAGUGGACAGACGGCAGUAACUAUGAGUACAGCUACUGGGAUGGUAACCAACCAGACGACGGCAUUCACCGCAUCCCUGUGGAAGAGGACUGUGUGGAGAUCUGGUACAGGCAGAACAGUGCACUGAGAUCGUGGAAUGACAACAGCUGUGACAAGGCCUUUCCCUUUGUGUGUAAGAUCCCCACACUGGACAACUAGACCCACGGGGCCCGUUAACACACACACACAGACACACACACAGACACACACACACACACACACACAUAAACACACAAACAGACACACACACAGACACACACACAGACACACACAAACAGACACACACGCACACACACACACACACAUAAACACACAAACAGACACACACACAGACACACAUAAACAGACACACACGCACACACAUAAACACAGACACACACAGAGACUAACAAAGAGCUCUGCUGCUUUCACAGUCAAAGCGUAUAUUCAGUUGUUGCUGUAGUUCUUCACCUCUCCCUCCUCCAUUCCCUGUCAUUCCGUUCCGACGUCAUUUAUCCCUCCACCGCCGUUGAUUUGACCCCAUAGAAAUGUGUGGGCAAGAUGGCAUGAUGCUGAGGUGACCUGCCUCGAUGUGGCCCCAUGUUGAGGUGACCUCAACAUGGGCUAAGUGGGCUCCAGUGUGCGUGAAGCACACUGGAGCACACUUAGCACUUCGAAACACAUUGUCGUAACAAAUGUUUUAGGAUUAAAUGAUGUAAACAUAGAAAGUCCACAACUUUGUUACCGCCUCCUCCUUGUUAUAAGCCUAACACCAAACCAAGUUUGUUUCACGUGGGAGAAAUUAAGAUGUCCCACAAGUGGCUGUGGAGGUAGUCCCCUAGCAACCCUGUUUCUUGACACUCUGAGGCAGUGACUUGGCGGAUCAGAUGAAUGAGUAGUGUGCUGGGAUGUAAAGUGUUUGUGUAAAGGGACGUAUCUGUACAUUGUAUGAGCCGUUAUGAAUACUUUUACAUAUUAAUAAAAAAAACACCAAACUUGAAGACAUGCUUUGAUUUUCA